AUGGAAGAUCCGGGCGGUUUGCCCCAUUCUGAGAUGGGAGUUAGCUGGUACGCACCCAACACGAAUGGGGUGAUUCAUGUCUCCGAACAGAAAGCAAAAGUCCAAAUGCGCUCCAGGUCAGACUGCAACGUGGCAGAAAUGGACCAUGCGCGUAACGAGGAGACGGGAAAGGGCGGCGCGCGCCGAGGCAGAAGACAUUCUCUUCGCGUCGUGUGGUGGAUCCUCCUUUUUUGCACUUUCUGCGUAUUCAUCGUCUUCAAUCCAUAUGUUUCUUCCGUUCUGUUUCCGGGCGUCAGUCGAGUGCUCAGAACACGCGAUGCCGGAAAUGCUUCUGUUUUGGAGAGUCACUCGUCUCUCGUUGGUGAUGCCUUUCACAAAUCUCAACAAGAAGCACCGGAAGGCACCCCGCGCCCUGAACCACGCAGACCGGCAAUGAGGAGAGGAAUCAAAUACUACCAUUGGUCUCACAAAGUGUCAUCUCAGUUGCAGCGCCAGCAGCCUGGAAUCAUCUUCUUCCUAUUCUACGACGAGAAACAACCCGCAGAUGGUGGCCAAACAGCGGAACAAAAGCAAGAAGAGGACAGCAAACAUGGGAGUGGAGCAUUGGGGAACUCCGUCGAACAGGUUCUCUCGGACUUCCAGGACCUCGCUGUUGACUUCAGCAGUCAACCCAUUUUCCACGUGACCGUUGCAAAGUCUCUUAUGCACCACUGGGGUUACGUUCUGCCCGAAGGCAGCGAGGAGCGUCUGCCUCUCGCGCUUAUCGUGGAAAUGAACAAAGGCUGGAAGAAGUUCAUCUUGAACGACAGACACCUCAACUACGAAAAAAUGAGAAACUUCGAGGAACAAUAUUUCAUGGGGAAGUUGUCACCAUAUCUGAGAUCUGAGCCGGCAAGCACUGUGGACUCGCCUGAACAACAUGUUGUCGUUCCUCUUGUCGGAGACACGUUCAGAAAAAACGUCGUAGAGAGCAAACACGAUGCCCUCGUCCUCUUUUAUGCACCGUGGUGCGGCUUCUGCAAAAGAUUUGAGCCUCGACUACGCCGCCUUGCAGCUGAAUUUGCAAAAAUCAGGUCUAUCCGCUUCUACAAGAUGGAUGUCACGAAAAAUGACAUCGAUCAUCCUCACACACGUGUCGAACGCGUGCCGCACGUUGUUCUGUACCUCCGCGAAAAAAAACUGGAAAUUCCCAUCAAAUUUGACCAUUCCGUCGACGACGUUGUCGAGUACGGCAAAGAAUUUCUUCUGAGCCACGCGACGUGCAAACAAAUUGACCUCGUGGCGGAAAUUGAUUGCGAUUUUGGAGACACACCUGGUCAUGAAUUUUGA